AUGACCCAACAGGGACCCGCAUUCGAUUCCAACUGCAUGACGCUGACGCGUUUCGUGCUGCAGGAGCAGAAAAAGUACAAGCAUGCCACCGGCGAUCUGUCCCAGCUCCUUAACUGCAUCCAAACCGCGAUCAAGGCCAUCAGUUCCGCCGUACGAAAGGCGGGCAUCGCGAAGCUACAAGGAAUCUCCGGUGAUACGAAUGUACAGGGCGAGCAAGUGAAAAAGUUGGACGUACUGUCGAAUGAAAUUUUCAUCAACAUGCUCAAAUCUUCGUACGCCACCUGUCUGUUGGUGUCGGAGGAGAAUGAUAAUGUAAUCGAAAUUGAGACGGACAAGCGUGGCAAGUAUGUCGUUUCGUUUGAUCCGCUCGACGGUUCCUCCAACAUCGACUGUCUGGUAUCGAUCGGUUCCAUUUUCGCCAUUACGAAGCAAGCGAAGGAAAAUACGGACCCCUCGAUAGAGGAUGCUCUGCAGCCGGGCAAUAAGAUUGUGGCCGCCGGUUACGCACUGUACGGUUCGGCUACGAUGAUUGUAAUCAGUUUGGGCAAUGGUGUGCACGGCUUCAUGUACGAUCCAUCGAUCGGCGAAUUUGUGCUGACCGAUUACAAUAUGCGCAUCCCGGAGCGAGGCAACAUUUACUCGAUCAACGAAGGGUACGCGUCUACCUGGGACGAAUCGGUGGUGAACUAUGUAAAGGAUAAGAAGGAUCCGGCCAAGGGCAAACCGUACGGUGCACGGUACGUGGGUAGUAUGGUGGCGGAUGUGCAUCGAACGAUCAAGUACGGUGGUAUCUUUAUCUAUCCGGCGACGGCUGCAGCGAAAAAUGGCAAGUUGCGCCUUCUGUACGAGUGCAACCCGAUGGCUUAUCUGGUAACGCAGGCCGGAGGUAAAGCGUAUGCGACCAAGGGUAAAGAAAUUUUGGAUGUUGUGCCCACGUCUAUCCAUCAGCGAUCACCGAUCUAUCUGGGUUCGAAACUAGAUGUGGAGGAAGCCAUCAGUUACAUCAAGUAG